GGGAGUUUGCAUGGGUGUGUGCAUUUGCAUAUGUGCAAUCUGGGGUCACUGGAGAGGACAGUGAGCCCCUGGACUAGGUGAUAAGCAUGAAGGGGAGCCCGAGCCCUAGAGUCCCUGCUGAGGAGAGGGGAGGCUGUCCCCGGCUGAGCCGCUGGGCUCUUCUGAUUCCUGUCUUGAUCUUCAAGGCCUGUAUCACAUGUGGCUGCCUGGUUAUCCUCCAUAAACAGAGCCUGAAAGCUCACAAACUGCCUGAGACUUUUCCAGAGUGGCGCUGUGCCCUGGGGACACCUGGGAGCAAAGAGGGGGUCUGGACAUGCUGCCCCAUGGGCUGGAAGCCCUUUCAGGCCACCUGCUACUUCUUGUCCAGUGAUAGCAUGUCCUGGGAUGAAAGUGAGAAGAACUGCAUGGGGAUGGGCUCCCACCUGGUGGUGAUCAACACACAGGCUGAGCAGGACUUCUUGCUCAAUUGGACAAAGGACAUUUUUUCAAGCAGGCAAAGUUACUUCAUUGGUCUGUCUGCCCAGGAGGUGGAAGCCCAGUGGCGCUGGGUGGAUCAGACCCCGUACAAUAAGACUGCUGCGUUCUGGAUACCUGGGGAGCCCAGGAUUCCCAAGAGGGAGAAGUGCACUGCAUUACAGGUGCAUUCAAGAACACAAGCGAGGCAAAACUGGAAUGACAUUCCUUGUUCCACUUCUUUGAAUCGAAUUUGUGAAGCUGCAGCAGCCUUUAUUUGAAGAGAGACCCCUCCCAUGCAGGAUGGGUGCCCAGAGACAGUCUGUCCUGUGCUGCAGGCAUCUCCCAGGGAUGGCUGGUAGAGGGGAUGAGAGGAGCCUUUACAGCUGGAAGGGACAUACUCAGGGAGGGCAGCAAGAAAGUUCCUGCAGGAAGUGCUCUGAGCUCCCCAAUAAAGUUCUUC